UUUAUUUCAUUAUCUUAAUUAUUAUAAUUUUUAUCGGCGACACCCCUCUUCAAUAAUCCUGGGUCCGCCACUGCGAGCAGGUCCGGCGAAGGAAUGACGACGGCAGAAUUGAUGCAGUCGGAAGCAAAGUCCGGCCGCCUUGGCCGCGCUUCAUCAUGUGCGACGGGGAGAGCAGAGUCAUUGAAAUGGAAUCAACGGCGAUUAAUUGACUUGCCCGCAGAAAUGCUCAGAGUCUUUCCUUCUACAUCCGGGCGGCAAAGAUGCAAUCCCCUGUUCUUUCUUUUGUCCUGAUUCCCAUCAAAAUGGUGAAAACUUACAGACUGGGGCGACGACUUGAGAGCUUAAAAACUGUAAUUAUCAGACAAGUCUUGAUUGAGUUUGGCUCAGUCAAUAUGAGGGCCCAGCCGGCGUACCAGUUGGGCAAUUUUGGAACACAAGAAAUCCCCAUCCCAUUGUGGUUUGGAAGUCGAAACAGAGCAUUUACAGGAUAGAAACAGAGCAUCUGACUGCAAAACACCAUUUGCGUAAGAACCUUGCAACCAUGUUGAGAGCAGGGCUUCAACUCACACUAUCUCUGUUCUUGCUGCUGCUUGCUACAGCAGAUAGCCGGGCCAAAGAGCACUGCAAACCUUCUUCCUGCGGUGAAAUCCCCAUCAUAAAGCACCCUUUCCGGCUCACAACCGAUCCCGAGAGCUGCGGGAUCCCCGAGUUAAGCCUGUCAUGCGAGAGCAAUAUAACUGUGCUGAAUCUGCGCAGCUUCGGCAGGUACUACGUGAAGGCGAUCGACUACGACAACUUGACAAUCCGGUUGGUGGAUGAUGGGGUGGUUGAGGGCAACUGCUCUUCCUUACCCACUCAUCCUAUGCUCCCAUUGAGGCUUUUCGACUCUUUUUAUUUUUAUCGGUUUUCUCGAGGCUUGGCUCUGAUCAACUGCGACAAGCCUGUUGUCCAUUCUACUACGACACCACCAUUAGUGAAUGUGGAAACAAGUCCUUGCAUCGAUUUCGGACCAAAUUCUUCUUCUUCGACGAGCUAUGCAGUUGUUGGUAGUGAUCUAGUGUUGUCAGAUUUGCCAGAGACGUGCAGAGUGGAGAUGACAGCUAUGUUGCCCAUUACCAGUAACUACGGUUAUUACAGCAGCAAGGUCACGUUUCAAGAAAUUCACCGCCAGCUUGAAUAUGGGUUCCAGCUUACAUGGUACCAUGAGCAAUAUUUCGGCGUCUUCUUGGGUGCAGUCAAUAUCCUUACGGGCGUUGUCUUAUAUCACCUGCUCCUGCUGGUACUUGGCACCCCUGUAGUUGUUGCACUUCUGGUGUAUAGAUGGCGGAGGAGGCAUCGGUCAGCAUAUCGCAGCAUCGAAGAGUUCCUCCGAAACCAAACCAACCUUGUGCCAAUAAGGUACUCUUACUAUCACAUCAAGAAAAUCACAGGUGGGUUCAAGGACAAGCUAGGCCAAGGCGGGUUUGGAUCCGUCUACAAAGCAAAGCUACGUGGUGGCGGUUUUGCCGCCGUCAAAAUGCUUGGGACCACCACCAACAACAACAACAACAACAACAACAAGCCAUCUGCAGCUGCUGCAAGGGGAGGGAAAGGGCAGGACUUUAUGAAUGAGGUUGCCACCAUCGGCAGGAUUCACCACGCCAAUGUGGUCCGCCUGAUCGGUUACUGCUCCGAAGGAUCAAAGCAAGCUCUGGUCUACGAGUUCAUGGCGAAUGGCUCUCUUGACAAGCACAUCUCUCAAUCUCACCACAAGGAUGGUGGUGGUGGUGGUGGUGGUGAUGAUGAUGAUCAAAGGAGUACCGUCACCUCUUGUUUGAGCUUCGAGCAACUGUACCGCAUCUCUCUGGGAGUGGCACGCGGGAUCGAGUAUCUGCACCGUGGGUGCGAGAUGCAGAUACUCCAUUUCGACAUCAAGCCACACAACAUCCUCCUGGACGAGAACUUCACCCCCAAGAUAUCCAAUUUCGGGCUGGCGAGGCUGAACCAAGCCGGUCGGGACAACGACAUCGCGACUCUGACUGCAGCAAGAGGGACCAUUGGGUACAUGGCACCAGAAUUGUUCUACAAGAACAUUGGAGGCGUCUCUAACAAAGCAGAUGUCUACAGCUUCGGGAUGCUGCUGUUGGAAAUGGCCGGGAAAAGAAGGAACUCGAAUAGCGCAGCGACGGAUCAAUCAACUGCUUACUUCCCCUCCUGGGUUCAUAACCAAGUCUCUACGCCAGGGACUCCUAUUGUAGUGGGAGAAGUCACGGAGGAGGAAGAGGACAUUGCCAAGAAAAUGGUGAUAGUAGGAUUGUGGUGCAUUCAGACCAGUCCUUCCAAUCGCCCUCCAAUGAACAAAGUGGUGGAGAUGCUUGAAGGCAACUUGGAUAGCCUGGAAUUGCCUCCGAAACCUGUUUUGUAUGCAAGAGAAGCUGUUAUAACGAACGAAGAAGGAUCUUCUUCUUCAUUCGUGUCAUCCGAGUAUACACAAUCAGUUAUCAUUAAUCAAUAAGUACUAAUGCUACCAAAAUAAUGGUACUGCAAUUCUUAAACAUGUUUCCUCAUGAGUUUUCACUAGUACUGGUCAUUAUGUGUUAGCUAUUUUCCAUCACGUUAUGUACUAAUUCCCUUUCCGGAUUUGUGUGUGUCUGUCCUUCCUGUUAAUCUCAAGAUCUUCUUUCUUUCUGUUCGCUUUAGCAGUUCAAAGGAGUUUCUAGGCUCUAGCUACUUAAAAGUCUGGAUUAUCAAAAUAAAAGCGACAAUCAAAACUAAAUGGAAAAGGAGGAAGAGGUAAUAUACAAUCAGUGCAAGCUUGUAGUUUAGAAGUUCGUCACUUUCACCCACACCAACUCAGAAAACGAGAUAUGCUGCCUAACCUUUUUAUCCAUUAAUAAUGUUUUUCUUUUUCCUGGUCAGAUUCCAUUAAGAAUUUCGAAAUCACAGACAAGUUCUGUGAUUAUUAUUAAAUAAAAAAGUUAGCUAAAGCACCUGACUUCCACUUCUAAAAAGUGGGAAGGACCCCAGAUUCCAGGGUGUCCACUCUCCUCCUCAGCUGUUUCACAUUCACAUGGUGGCCAUAAUUUGACUGUUCAAAGACUGUAUUUAGAGUAAAAUAUCCACAAAAAAAUGAUUGGGAAGGCUUACAGUGAACCUUGCUGGUGUGGUUACUGGACAAACGCAAGAUGGAUCCCAGAGACGAACAUGGCUGAUAUUGCCAUUAGAAUUAUAGCUUGUGACUCCAUCAGAAGAUGGGCAGACUUGUCUGCACCUGUGAUCAUCUCUUUCCCAGCUCAGCUAACGUAGCCUCUGAAAUUCCAGUACCAGGUUCUUCAACCUCAGCAUCACGAGACAAUAUCAAGUCCAACAAUGACAAUCCGCAUGAUGGUACAAUGCAUUAUGUGACUGACAGGUUCCUUGACAAUAGCGAGUCCAAAACCCUAUUGAUCAAAUCAACCCAAAGGAAACUCUCGUUUGAGAAAUGUGACACAUUACAUGACAAUACUUUAUUCCUCCUUUGGUUUUCUCGUCCCACUAACAGAGGGAGUGGGAAACACCAACAUUAUUAUCUUAUAUGUAAAAGCUAGCUACGCUUUAUUGGGGCAAACUUCCAACUACUGUUUCAUUAUUUGUCACCUACUGAAAAACGGCAUUUGGCUCUCUCUUCCAUCUCCCCACUAUGGCCUUCCUCAAUUGCUUGCCCAAAGCCGCCGUCUCGCCUACCCGAAUUCGGUCUCCAUCACCGCCAUGUACCUGCUGCCCAGCUCCGGUCCAAUCAAACUCUCCUUCCGUAUGCGAAACCCACACCACCUUGCCGCACAAUCCGCGAUUGCGGCCCCCCUGCUGUCCUCUCCUUCCUCCACACGUGAAUUGACUUUGCCUCUUUCACCGGGACCAUGCUUUUCUGGUCAGCACGCCAUUCCGUUUCUGCUAGACACGCUACCUCCUAUCAAUUGUAGGACUAUGACCUUGCCCCUCUCGAUUAGUGAAGCAGCGACCUCCUCCGAAUUGCUCCUCUCCAAUUCGUCUCCACCCCCUGGCUUCAUUUUUCUCUAUCCCACUUUACACGACCGCCGAUUAAGCUCGCUAUCACUUUCACUGUCCAAUAGUGUUGCCUUCUCUGAUUUCAGCCUUGGAUAGAAGGAAAUACCGUCGGGACGGAUUCAUAAAGUUCUCAGCUUUGACAGAUGAAUUGGUAAGUUCCCUCUGCUAUUGCUUCCUUCUAACUAACGAUUUUGCCUCCCGCUAAUUCUCUGCAUGGUUUUCGAUUUCUUUUCUUUGAAAUCCCCCAUUCUCUUUUGAAUCUCUGUAGUGGAAACCCUACUAUGGCAGACGGUGGUGGGCCGCAGCUGAUCAAUCCAAAGAAAAUUGGCUCCGCGUCAAUCUUUGUUGUAAGAAAAUUGCCUUUGUUUU